AUGGCGUCGUCCGUCGGCGGGGAUUACGGCGCGUCAGGCGGCGGCGGAAGCUGGGUAGCGCUCCUCCGCGCGCUUCUCGCGCAGGAGGAGGUUCUAUUCGGCAUAUUAAUCGCCGGCAGCGCGACGCAGGCCUGGUGGCAGCUCUACGGCGUGUCGCGCUCGCUCAAAGCGCUCAAAUCCGCGCGCGAAACGACCAUCGCGGAGCUCAACGGCGUUCCGCCAGCGGGCGGCGGAGCUUCGGAGGUUCCCCGCGCGGCCGGGGGGAAGGCUGGCGGAAGCGGCGGGUGGUGGCGGUGGUUCAGGCGCGCGCCGGAUCAGGCCAGCGGGUCAGGCGGGGAGAAAUUAGACGGAGCGGGAGGUACCAGCAGUAGCGGGGAUAACAGGAGUAGUGGUAGCAGUGAAAGUAGUGGGUACUUCACGCGCCUAUGGCGGGGGAAUGGAGGCAGAGAGAGCAGGCCAGGGAAGGAUGAUAGCAGUAGUUUCAGCGUCCGCAGCGACACCAGCGGUGGUGGCACCAGCACAAGUAGCAGCAGCAGCAGCAGCAGCAGUGGCGGGUUGAAAUGGCUGUUACCCGUGGGUAGAAGCAAGAGCGAAGAGGGGUCGUCAGCUUCGAGCAAGUCAGCAGCAGCAGCAUGGGGGCAACGUGAGCUGGGGCAGGGGCCGUCGGAUGCGAGUGAGCUAGCGGAUUACACCAACCCCCAUGAGCUCGUGCUGGUCCGAGGCUCCGUGCAGCUCUCCUCCUCUUCUCCCCCUUCCUCCUCCACCUCCGCCUCCUCCGCCUCCUCUUCCUCUCCACUAUCGUUCUCGUUCCCCAAUUUAGGAGCGGGAAAAGGGUCGGGAGCAGCGGCUGGAGGGCAGGGGGAGGGGAUAGGGUUUGGCUCUUCUCCGGUGGCUGUGGAUGGGCGCGGCUGCUCCCCGCUGCUGCCCGUGCAUGGCCCCAAGCAGCCGUGCGCUGUCGUGGAGCGGUCAGACGUGGUCCCCUUCUCUCUAGCAGAGACCUCACACUCAUUAGCGCCACGUGUCGACAUCUCAUUGGUGGGCGCCACACAGCCCCUGCCUCUACACACCGUCUACAGUCACAUGCAAAAGGCCGAUCCCUCAUGGGGCGCCACUGCCCUCCACGUGCUUAUCGGGAAGCGCCUCCCAGUGGGCCUGCGCACGGACGAGAGGGUGCUGCCGAUCAAUCACGAGCUGACAGCUGUCGGCCACGUCAGGCGCAGAUCGGACGGUCGCCCCGCCAUCUUCGCUUCUCCCAAGUUCCCUUCUCUUCCCAUCCCAGAGACCAAGGCAGGCAUGAUUCAGAAGCUGAACCAGCGGUGGGGGUGCGCUGCUGGGGUGGGGCAUGCUGCUGUGCAUGCUAACGCCCUAACCCCUUCCUCUUCCUUUCCUCUCCAUCCUCCCCCACUCUCCCAUCUCUUCCAGCUUCUCUGA